AUGACGAUCGAGCCAGAUCGAGUUGCUGUUAUCACAGGUGGUUCUAGGGGUAUGGGCCUUGCCGUGGCCCAGGCUCUGGCAGCAAAGGGUGGAUGGAAGAUCAACCUAAUCGACAUCAAAGACGAAGAGGGCAGACAAGCCGCAGAUUCGGUUUCAAAUACAAUCUACCACAGAGCUAAUCUGCUCGACUAUGAAGAGGUCACAACCGCAUUCAAAAAGGCCUUCACUGCCGGCAACAACAGAUUGGACUUCGUGUUUGCCAACGCUGGAGUAAUCGAAAAUACCAGCAUCUUCGGAAAGCACGAGACCAUUGACGGUCCGCCACCACCGGAUCUCACUGCAUUGGAGGUCAAUCUGAAAAGUUGCAUAAACACGGUCCACGUGGCACGCCACUAUAUCAAAUUAUCGCCUGCCAAAGGCUCUAUUGUGAUCAAUGCCAGUUGCUCGAGCUUUUGGCCAACGUAUUGGGCCCCGAUAUACACAGCUUCAAAAUGUAUGUUCCACCGCCCUCCCCAUCGCUCCCUUGUCCGAAAGCUUGCUGAAGAAUUGUUGAACUUGGAAGUCGGCAUUAUGGGUUUUAUGCGGUCUGUUGCAGAUUAUUACAAGCACGAGGGGAUCCGUGUCAACGCACUUUGCCCCGGCGCGGUGAGAACGCCUAUUGUUCCAGACAAGGCUUGGGAGGCAAUGCCAGAGGAUGUCUUCACUCCACUGGAGCUUAUAGCCGAGAUUGUGCUGAAAUUGGCGGAAGGGAAGGAGCUUGUCGACGCCAACGGCACGAGAGCUACCCCCGACGAGCUCUUUGGGAAGGCCGUGGUGGCAAAUGGGAAGAAUAUUUACAUUCAACCCGAGCCCCAGUACUGUGACGAUGUUCUUGCGCGGACAAUAGAAAGCACCAAGAUGGGAAAUCAGACCGCGGUAUAA